CAAUGAGGUUAUCAAAAUGACCUACCUCGGAGCUGAAGCGCAAACAGUGCACAAGUUUAUUUUUUAGGACAUAAACAGAACGAGGAGGACAAUUUUAAACUGUAAACAAUGGCUGAGAUGAAUGCAAAAGAGAAGGAAGAGCACAAUAAAAAACUGAGUUGGGUCUACAAGGAAUUCGCAGGAGCCAUUGCCGUUUGUGCUGCGGUUUACUUCACGGUCCGGAACAUUCCUCUUGACACGGAAACACUGAAAACUCCCCAGGACCGUCUGACUUUCACCCUCAGGUGGUUGUUUGUCUCCUCACUCCCGAUCUUAUUUGCCAUCUUUGGGGUGUUAGAUGUCCGAGGUAACACGAAAGCCAUCGACCCACUUCAGGGAGGUGCGGAACACCUCGUGGAACUACCAAACAGGAUACUACGAAAUACAAUCGAGCAGUUUUCCAUGCAUGCAGUUGGAUUAUUAGCACUGACAACAUAUCUGGACGAAAAUUGUAUGUCCGAUAUUCCAGUCUUAGUUGUCUUAUUUUUUCUUGGUCGAGUCUUCUUCGCCAUCGGCUACAAAUCUUCACCCAUGAAUAGAGGAUUCGGAUUUGGCAUCACUUUUAUGCCUACAAUGGCAACCUAUGGAUAUGUUUUAUAUAAAUUCAUCACCACGUAUUUCCUAAAAUUCUAGUAAUGUCUCAUAUCUCAAAAUGUAAUUCAUAUACAUGUAUUACUACAUAUUGCACGUGUAAAGAUAUCAUCCCCUUUUACUAACACUGUUCAUUGAAUAUCGUAUACAUUUGUGCUGCACCAUCCAUAGUAUAAUUUUAUUAAUCAUUUAUUAAAUGUACAUGUAUACGAUUUAAUACUAGUAAUAAAAGAUGUUUUUAAA